CCACGCUCCAUAAGGCGGCGGCGGCGGCGGCGGCGGUGGCAGAGGCAGAAGCGGCAGCGACGGGGCCAUGGCCGGGCCCGGGCGUUGGGCGCGGAGCGAGGGCUCCGACUGCGAGUCCCUGGGCAGCGCCUCGGGAUCCGAGGGAGAUGCCGCCGAAGAGCUCUCCCUGCCGGACCUAGACCUGCUGCACGACCCCGAGGACGAGCUGCUGUGCGCCAGCCUGCUGGACGUGGUGCAGGCCACGCUGGGCAGGGCCCCGCUGGGCACCAAGCGCUGCUCGCGGCUCCUCAUGCCCGCGCAGCUCCUGGCGCAGGUGAGGACGGAGCUGCUGCGGCUGGCCUGCAGCGAGCCCUGCGGGCUGCGCGGGGCCCUCCUCGACCUCUGCGUGGAGCACGGCAAGGCCUGUCACGACGUGGGGCACAUCGCCGUGGACCCCACCGUGGUGCCCACCUUCCAGCUCACCCUGGUGCUCCGCCUGGACUCCCGCCUCUGGCCCAAGAUACAGGGACUCUUCACCUCGGGACCAGCUUUCACGCCGCUGAAGCUCAGCACGGGCUUCAGGGUCAUCAAGAAGAAGCUGUACAGCUCCGAGCAGCUGCUCAUAGAGGAGUGCUGACGAGCCGUGCCGGAGAAGCGACUUUGGAAGAGCUGGUUAGAGCACGGCAGCUCCCGGCAGCUGCUGUAGUGUAGGUUAGGCUGGAGUAGGGCUGUAGAUGGAAGUAGUUUGGGCAGGCAGAGGUCCUUGCAGGGCGCCUGCCUGUGCCGGGGCGUCCCUGAGGUGGAGCGGAUCGGGACCCGGUCGGAGGUCGCUUCACGCCGUCGAUGAUUGCGGCGACUGCGCUCCCGGAGGCGGCAGCGGGGCUGCCGGGGCGAGGGGCGGACGGUCUGCUCUUGGCUGAUUAAUCAUGAUUUUUUUUUUUGUAACAAGGAUUGUAAUCAAUGGGGUUUCGCGGGAGGAGGGAGUGUUGGGAGUGAGUGGCGGCUGGUCGGGAUCAAAGACAAAACCCCACUGCUGGUACCUUGGUGCGAUGCGCUCUGUGCUCCCCGUGAGGCAGGAGGAGGUGGGGUCUGGAAUCACCGUUGCGUCGUUGCUCACGAGAGGAAAGAGCGGUGGGAGAGGGGAGUGUGAGGUGAUGUGGGGAUGGAGGGCAGGACCCCUUGUUGUGACACACUGUGGGCGCUUCAUUGGUUACAGUUUACACCUGUACACUUGAUGUUCAAGUGCCAGACUUCCUAUGCAAUCGCGUUGGGGGGGUUUUUUACUUUUCUAAUAAAACUUGUCUUAAUGGAGAUU